CCUGGAUUCCCAUCCCUGACCCUGUCUGGCUCCCUCCGUAGACACUCCACGCCACCUCCAGAUCCGCGUCCUGACUCAAGACCAACAAACAAAUCGCCGGCCAGGAGGGAGAAGAGAGGAUGGGGGCGGUGGUGACGGCGGUGAUCGCCAUCGCGGCGGUGGUGCUGGGCUGGAUCACCAUCGAGAUGGCCUGCAAGCCCUGCCUCGAGACCGGCCGCCGCGCCAUGGACCGCGCCCUCGACCCCAACUACGACCCGGACUCCCCCACCAACACCACCACCGGCUCCGGCGGCGCCUCCGCCAACGAGCCGCUCCUCGGCGACCUCUCCGCGUCCACCGCGCCGCCCGCCAAGGCCAUCUGAUCUCCUUCCUCAUCCGGCGAUUCCGGCGGCCCAACCCCCUCCUGUAGGCGGACAGGCAAAUGCAGAAGUAGGCUUUGUUUGCUCCUUCCUCGUGAUCUUGUUUGUCUCCAUGUAUGGUGUGAGCUUAUGAGUUUGUUGUUCAUGUGAUUUUUGUUAAGAUAUGGUAUCAAACUGCUAUCUAGCUGUGUAAGCUGCUGUAAAAAAACGAGAGAAGAACAUGGUUCAUCCGAGUGUCUUGACUACAUAUAUGAUCCUGAAUUCCUGAUUGA